CAGUAUCUAGUACAUUUCUGAGGAAACAAAGGACCCGUGCAGCUGUGCUAAUGGAUGUCUUCUCAGCCAACUGGUUAACAGAAAUGGAAAUGGAGGAUCCCACCUUCAUACAUCAGUACAGCCCGAUGCAGUCUCUUGGUGACUCGCUUGAUGAGUUCGAUUUCAAGUCCUUUUCUUCUGAGAACUUCUCAUCUUACCCAUCUUCCAGUCCCAAAAGCAGCAACCCCCACUUGUUCGAUUCAAUCAUUGAAAAUUUUCAGACAGGAGGAGUAGAGAGGCCAAGAAAACAGCUCAAGACCGCUAGUGGGAAGUUUUGCCCCACGGGAUCCAAAACUCUCGAAGCUUCUUCAUCUUCCUCCUCCUACCUGAUUUCUUUCGGGAACUCGGACUUGAACCCAAUCCCUGACGAUACGCUAAACUGGAACGGGAAGCCUAAGGAUAGGGCUGCUGCUAACGGAUAUAUGAAUUUGGAGUCUUUGAUUUCUCAGGACUCCUAUCAGAAGCAAGACCAUUCACCAACAUAUGGCCAGGGAACCAAGAGCCUCAGUUCCACAAGAAAUCCUUCACAAAAUCAGGAACAUGUAAUAGCCGAGAGAAAGCGUCGGGAAAAGCUCAACCUGCAGUUCAUAGCUCUUUCAGCCAUCAUUCCAGGCCUAAAGAAGACAGACAAGGCGUCAGUCCUUGGAGAUGCUGUCAAAUACGUGAAACAGCUUCAAGAACGUGUGAAGAUGCUCGAAGAACAGACAACAAAGAAAAUGGUCGAAUCAGUGGUCACUGUAAAGAAAUAUCAGCUCUCAGAUGACGAAACAUCUUUAUCUUAUCACGACUCUGAUAGCUCCUCCAACCAACCACUCCUUGAAAUUGAAGCAAGAGUUUCAAACAAGGAUGUACUCAUUAGAAUCCACUGCCAGAAAGAAAAGGGAUUUGCUGUAAAAAUACUUGGAGAAGUAGAGAAGCUUCACCUAACUGUCAUCAAUAGCAGUUUCAUGCCAUUUGGGGAUUAUACUAUGGAUAUUACUAUUGUUGCUCAGAUGGACAAUGGUUUCUGUACGACUGCAAAGGAUCUAGUUAAAAAACUCCGACUGGCCUUUCUGCAGUUCAUGUGACUAUUCAUUGCAUCCUAGACUGCUAUUGCCGUUCUGGGCUUUGUUUGUCCUUUUCAUUUAGGUAUAUCUUCCGGUGACAGUUAAACAUAGUGUUUUUUUUUUCCUCGCCCAUGUGAGUGAAUUAAUAAAAGGAGUGUAAAGUACUCUUCGUCUUGGACCACCUGCAGCUGCUGAGGUUCUGUUUCGCACUGGGGCUUGCUGUGUCUGGUUUUUUUCCUCCUUGACCUGUUGACCAGGUUUAUUUAUCCCCUGUGUUCGUUUUUAGAGAAGCCCACAGCUUUUUUGGAGGGGUUUUUUGAGGGGUUUCGCAUAUGAACGAGACCUCUUUCUUUCUCCUUUCUCCUUGUACUACCUACGUGGUCAGAAGAAGAGCACUUCAUAAUUCAUUUGUGAGGUUGGAUUAGCCUUUGUUUUAGUCCAGGGAAUUAUUUCUUGCACUUUUUGGAUGAAAUCUCUGUGUAGUUUAUUCGAAACUGUGAUUUAGCAAUUCAACAAAUAAGAUCUGUUUGGACAA